UCUGAAGUAAUUUAUAUACUUUUGACGUAUUUAUGUUGCGUCAGCGAUGGUUGCAGGCAAUUGCAGCUGUGUUUUCACGCGAUUGCAAGCAUGGCUGUACCGUUGUGAAAGGUGGUCAGAGCACGUGUGAUCUAAAUGUGCUUGAACUGUGUAUCUGGCCCCAGGUGUCAAGUUUUGCCCUUGACGGCCUGCAGAUGCCAAGGCGCUUCACGGGCAAGCUUUUCCAGUUUCUGUUCAGGCACUUGGAGCUGGGCACAUUUGGCGAGCGGCUUCGCUGGCUCGACAGGGAAUCGGGAAUUUUCCAGCUACUCUGGAAGCAUGGCAAUGGCUCAUCCGUAACACCCGAGGAGGACUUCGCCCUGUUCUUGGCCUGGCACAGAUUGAAGGUGAGACGAAAGCCAUGUGAUGGAACGGAGGCAAAGCAGAGGUUUCGUGCUGCGACAUCAAAAAUGCGCUUGGAACGGGUGAAAAACUGGCAAGGCGUUUUUCCAGAAAAGAACUUCCAGUUCCGGCGGUUCCCGAAGGACGACUUAGAGUACUUGUUCAAGCACGUUGAUUUGGAUCGAGAGAUACCAGAAUCCAAGAAGCGCUUAAAGCUCGACUCAAUGCCACCUUUACCAGACAUGCCAGACAUGCCAGACACGCCAGACUCGUGUCCGAGUAUGAGUCCUGCACAUUCGACUUCGAAUCCCCAAUACACAAGGCCAAGCUCUCCAGACGCAAGGCUACUGCCAUCGGGCGUGGUGGUGAAGAUUGAGCCACCAGAUGAUCCCCCAGAUGAUCUGCCUGAUUAUGUGCCUGAUUAUCUGCCCAUACAUGCACUCAAGGACUGCAUGCCUGGUGUGCUUCACUACUCUCCUUCCACUGCUCUCCAACAGUGCAGAGCAAACAUAUGCAAGAAAGAACGAGAAUGGUACUGAGUCCAGAUGGAGGCUACCUGGCAUUUCAUGGGGAAUGACAGCUCUUCACAGCAGGCUGAACCAAUACCUUUUGCUGAUACUGGAGCUGCAGAAGACGGUGCUUCAGACAUACAAGAUACUUGGGAUGCCCGACUGAAUUGACGAGGAAAGAUCUCGAAAUGUGAAACGGGUAUUGCUUGUCAAAUGCUUUGUGGUGCAACAUUUUUCCUGAAGAGCUUUCGGGCAUGAUACUUUCGAAGUUAAACUGACGUGCAGCUACGAAAAAAAACAUUAUAUAAGGUGGCAUUGCUGUAUUGAUAUCACACAUGCCAUCUUUUCAAGACUGUUGGUAUGUAAGGAGAACUUGGAAAACAGCAAAGGGCACAGGGACACAAUUAGUACAUAUGUUAACACAAGUGCACUUAGGUGUCAUUUGUUACUAUUUAUUGUGUGCCUGUUUCUUGGCUGUACUUCAAGUUUUCUCAGGAAUAGAUUACCAAUGUGCCCAGACCUAGAACUUGUUGGUACUUUUGCCUUUCUUCUUCAGUUUGCUUUCUAGAGGCGAGCGUGAGGCAUAACUAGCAGAGUUAUUUUAGUGCUUGCCUACUAUGCUUGCAAUUCUAAAUAUGAGUGACAGACAAAACGUAUGUGCUGUACAGUGCAGUCUGUUGGUAACAAUAAUCACGUGCCAGAAAAUUUCAUCAUUAUAGCUGACUAUUGUUACACAGGGUGUUACAGCGAUGAAUGUCUGAUUAUUAAUAGCAAGGGAUUUGAGACAAAAUGGUCAUUUUUGCUGGCCAAGAUUCAUAACAGUAGCAAACGUCAUAAUUUGUGUAAGUUGCCAAUAUGCUCAACAAGUAAUCUUCACUAGUCAGCUUUUAAUCAAUAAAUUUAGGUAGCAUGUAAUUGCAGAAUGAAAGUCCACUAGUAGUACACAAAGCAUAAUGCUUGGAAGCUUUGUACCUAGCAGCCGUGUGGAGAAGUGGAGUCUCAAAUGCAUAGUGAAAUUCUAUGUAUUUCAACAUGCAUUUUGAGUCUAUAUUUCUCUGAACUUGUGACAUGUGCAUACCUUAUAGCAAAUGGUUUUGCUUUGCAUGCUGGCUGACUUCUUCAAUUUUAUGAUUAGAACAUGCAUCAUAAUGUUACUAAAGUUAAUAAAGUGAACAUUGGUUAAUUAUAAUAUUGGCAGGUAUCAUGCAGCUUAUGAUUUUCACAACUGCUGUGGAUCUUUGCCAGCAAAAGUUAUCAGCUUGCCUAAUGUCCCCUAUCUUUAAUUGAACAGAGACAAUUGUUGCUAAAGCACCAGGCAUAUGUCUCUAUACCGACAUGUAAUUUCUGUAAUUUGGCAGGAUGCAUUAUCAUUAAGCUCUUGAGACACCUCAGUGACUCUUUGUGAGAACCUGUGCUGCAAUGUUAACUGCAUCAUAAGAACUAAGUUGCAAGAAAUGAAGACUGUAAUGUUGUUAUUUGCACAACUAAAUAUUGGUCAGUGUUCAAAGUGUUAACCAUGUUGAAUAAGGCUUAGUUCAUUGGAAAUAUGUGCUUAGUUCUGCAACAUGCAGAGCUUGACAGUCACACUGUGUGUUGCACUUACUCGCUGCAUAUGCAUUAACAUCAGCUCUUUGGAAUGCCUAAGGUUACGUACCUAAUUGCAGAGUGCAUUUAUGGGUGUGUUCACCAAUGGUUAGAGUUAAAUUUCGUGCCACCUGUAUGUUGUGAUGUUGUUCUGUUGGUGAUCAGUUUUUUUUUUUUGGACAGCACCUUUUUCACAAGCCAGAAAUUUAUUGUAUCGUAAAGCUGACAAUUGCAUUAUCAUAUCCAGUUCAUCUUUGCAUACAGCCAGUGCAAACGUUUGCGUUGCUGAAAUGUGAUUGUUUCUAGCUAUACAAAAGCAAGUCUGCAUUGUUAAAACGAUUGGUUCAUUGUUUUCAACAGUAUGUUAUUUAAUGUUGUGUGGUAUUAUUAUGGGUAAAGAUUAGAGUUGGGCUUGGUGCCACCUGCAUAUCUUAAUUUUGUUCAAUGCAAUGACCUGUUCUCUUAGAAAGUACUUUUUCAGAAGCCAGGAUUUUAUCAUAUGUUGAAGCUGACAAUUGCAUUAUCAUAUCCAGUUUAUUUUUGUGUGCAGCCACUGCAAAAAGUUUACAUUGUCAAGCAGAAUUGUUUCUAGUAAUACAAAAGAAAAAGUUUACAUUGUUAAAAUGGAUUGUUUCUAGCAAUACAUGAUUUAAUGUUGCAGGAUAUCAUUAUAAGUGUUCUGCACUGCAUCUGUGUCAUACUGUCCUUUACCAAUGGAGUGCACAUUGUUUGACUAGGGUAUGAACAAAAUUCCAUAUUUUGUUAUUGCCAGAAUUUGCAUUUUCUAAGACAUUUAUUUUCUGUGUGUGUCAGGGAAAAAACAGUAAAGUUUUCUCUUUUUAAUCGUUGGCAGCUGAACAGCUUGUUAUUUUAACCUAAUAAACUUUUUGGUUUCUACAAA